ACAAAAACUAUACAAAAAAAAGUUAAAAAAAAACCACUCGAAAUUUAACCAGUCCUUGACGGUCCUUAAGCCUUAAACAAAACAAACAUGCGCGAAAUCGUCCACAUUCAGGCUGGCCAGUGCGGAAACCAGAUUGGAGGUAAGUUCUGGGAGGUCAUCUCGGACGAGCACUGCAUCGAUGCCACGGGUACGUAUUAUGGCGACAGUGACUUGCAAUUGGAAAGGAUCAACGUCUACUACAAUGAGGCCACCGGAGCGAAGUAUGUGCCACGAGCUAUUCUGGUAGAUCUGGAACCCGGCACCAUGGACUCUGUGCGCUCUGGGGCAUUCGGUCAGAUCUUCAGGCCCGAUAACUUUGUGUUUGGCCAGUCAGGAGCUGGUAACAACUGGGCCAAGGGACAUUACACCGAAGGUGCUGAGCUGGUCGACUCUGUGCUGGAUGUCGUGCGAAAGGAAUCUGAGGGCUGCGAUUGCCUGCAGGGUUUCCAGCUGACUCACUCGCUGGGAGGCGGUACCGGCUCUGGAAUGGGUACUCUGCUGAUCUCCAAGAUCCGCGAAGAGUAUCCCGACCGCAUUAUGAACACAUUCUCUGUGGUCCCUUCACCCAAGGUGUCGGAUACCGUGGUCGAGCCCUACAAUGCCACAUUGAGCGUCCAUCAGUUGGUGGAGAAUACAGAUGAGACGUACUGCAUUGACAAUGAGGCCCUGUAUGACAUCUGUUUCCGCACCCUGAAGUUGACCACACCCACGUACGGUGAUCUGAACCAUUUGGUCUCUGCCACCAUGUCGGGAGUGACUACUUGCCUGCGUUUCCCUGGUCAAUUGAAUGCCGAUUUGCGAAAAUUGGCCGUCAACAUGGUGCCUUUCCCCCGUUUGCAUUUCUUUAUGCCCGGUUUUGCCCCACUAACAUCCCGUGGAUCCCAGCAAUAUCGCGCUCUAACCGUGCCCGAGCUGACCCAACAAAUGUUCGAUGCCAAGAACAUGAUGGCCGCCUGUGAUCCCCGCCAUGGACGUUAUCUGACAGUUGCCGCCAUUUUCCGUGGCCGCAUGUCCAUGAAGGAGGUUGACGAACAGAUGCUGAACAUUCAGAACAAGAAUAGCAGUUUCUUUGUGGAAUGGAUUCCGAAUAACUGCAAGACAGCCGUUUGCGAUAUCCCGCCCAGAGGUUUGAAGAUGUCGGCCACCUUCAUUGGCAACUCGACGGCCAUUCAGGAGCUGUUCAAGCGUGUGUCCGAGCAAUUCACUGCCAUGUUCCGGCGCAAGGCUUUCUUGCAUUGGUACACUGGUGAGGGUAUGGAUGAAAUGGAGUUCACUGAGGCUGAGAGCAACAUGAACGAUUUGGUAUCCGAGUAUCAACAAUACCAGGAGGCCACCGCCGACGAGGAGGGUGAAUUCGAUGAAGAUGAAGAGGGUGGUGGCGAUGAAUAAUCCCAAUACAUGACCAACAUACACUGACCAAAAAUAAGAAAAAAAAAAUGGUACAGAGACUACACUGAACAUAAAAAGGGAUGCAUUAGAGGCAUCGUCAGAAGAAGAAGAAACGCAACGAUCGCACAAAUUUUUCGAAAUUUGUGAAUCAUUUUUCAAACACUUGACACAAAGGAGAUUUUCUUUUCAAUUACAAUUUUACUGUCAAAAUAAACAAACGUUAUUAUAGCUGUCAAAA